AUGCAAACUUGGAAGACUUGGAGAUGCAGACUCACACAGUGGUUCAUCGCAAACGAUAUUAACGUGGUGAAAGAUCCAGCAGGAGUCAAAAGACGGGCCAUAUUGCUUAGCACACUCAGCGAAUCUACCUACAAACUGGCAGCUGAUCUCGUGCUGCCUAAAGAAGUUCAAGAAGUACCAUACGAAGAUAUAGUUAGUGCCUUGGACAAUCAUUUCACUCCAAAAUCAGUGGGAUUUGGCGAGCGUCAUCAUUUUUAUGCCGCCACACAACUACCCCAGGAGACACCAUCACAGUGGGCUGCGAGGUUACGAGGUCUCACUUCUCAGUGUAACUUCAGCAAUGUAGAAGAAGCAUUAAGAGAUCGAUUCAUUAUGGGUAUGCUGCCGGGCGUGGAGAAAGAAAAAAUGUACGUGCAGGAGCUGGCCGGGCUGACCUUCGCCAGGGCUGUGGAGCUGACCGAGAGCUUGCGCAGCGCCCGCGCGGCUGCUGCUGCAAGCGCUGCUGCCGAGACUGUCGUUACAGAGCUGUACAAAAUAGGCAAACGUUCUCCGACUAGUGUACCUCAAAGUGCAAAAGUGAAGUGUUCCGUGUGUGGUUAUUCGAAUCACAAAGCCGCGGAGUGUCGUUUUGCGAGUUACACUUGUAGGAAGUGCAACAAAAAAGGACAUUUGCGUAGAAUGUGCAAAAGAAUCAAUUAUGUUGUAACGGAGGAGAACGAUGAAGGUGACGGUGACGACGGUAAAAUUUGUAACAUUCGAUCUUUGCGAGGUGAACCAUUAAUCGAAGCCGUGUGUGUCAAUGGUAUCAGAAUGAACUUUGAGAUUGAUAGUGGGUCAGCUGUUACCGUUAUGUCCGUAGAUACAUAUAACGAACAUUUUAAAAACAUUCCCUUAUUUAGCACAAAUAAGAAGUUAUUAAGUUACUCGGGUGACGUGUUAGGUUGCGCCGGUCGCGCUCAGUUGUUAGUGGAGUGGCGGGGUCGCACGCGCCAGCUCGACGUGUACGUGGUGCGCGAUGGCGGACCGCCUUUACUGGGCCGCGACUUCAUCGCACAAUUUGAACUGCAGCUAGCGCCCGUAUAUAAAUGUGCCACUACCCGUGACACGUUGAAAUUAAUACAGGAACAAUAUCCCGCCGUGUUCUCGGACAAGCUAGUACUCCGACCAGUCGAGCAUUCCGACUACGCGUCACCAAUAGUCCCGGUACUGAAACGUGACGGUUCGGUCCGUAUCUGCGCGGACUACUCUGUUACUAUAAACAAGCAAUUAGUUGUAGAACAGUAUCCGUUGCCUACCGUAAACGAGUUGUUUUCUAAACUAUACGGGGGCCAGAAAUUUACUAAAUUAGAUUUGUCUAUGGCCUACGGUCAGUUUUGUCUGGAUGAAGAAUCCCAAAAGUUAACUUGUAUCAAUACGCAUAAAGGGAUCUUCGCGUAUACGCGUUUGGUGUUCGGGUUAGCUAGUGGGCCAUCAAUUUUCCAGCGAGCCAUGGAUACAGUGCUAGCGGGCCUGGACGGCACGCUGUGUUUAUUGGACGAUGUGCUCAUAACGGGUCGCAAUGACUCUGAACAUCUUGAGAGAUUGCAUCAGGUCCUACAACGGUUGCAAGACGCAGGAUUUGUUCUACAAAAGUCUAAAUACGCGUCGCCCAAUGGAUUAGGUGCUAUUCUAUCACAGCUACGACCGACUCCGCCGCGCACUCCGGUGUGCCCGUGGGAAUACCCCCCACAACCCUUUUACCGUGUACACUUAGACUUUCUAGGUCCGCUGAAUGGUCGGAUGUACCUGGUCCUAGUAGACGCGUACUCCAAGUGGCUUGAGGUGUACGAGAUGGCUUCCACAACUACUAGUGCGGUCAUUGAAAGAAUGUAUGAGUACAUGUCCAGAUACGGAUUGCCUCAUACGAAACUCGGUUCACUCGACAACAGGAAUGUCUCCGGCACAGUUAGUGUUUGGUCGCAAAUUACGUUCACGUUUAGAUUUAAUGAACCCGCGUUCGCCACCGUCGCCUUCAUCUGCUUCGUUGACUGA